AUGAAACAACAAAAAGACAACCCAGAUCUGCCUGAGAGAAUCAUAGAAGCCGCAGGAGAAUGGCUUGUAAAUCUCUGUACUGUUAAAGGCUCAAUCGACGACAGAGACCAGCUUCUGACACCCCUCGAACAACUCAAGUUGGAUGAAUUCUUUAGUCUUCAUGGCCAAUCUCCAAAAUUCAAGCGAUACCAUGUUGAAGCUAUUCGACGGUGUAUGUCUAGAGACAUCAGACCAGAGUAUCAACUUGCUCGUGCACUACUGGAACGAGAUGAUACGUGCCGUCUCUUUGUGGAUGAGAAUGAUGUCUUGCAAGUAGCCAUCAAAAGAGCCAAGAUAGAACCGGGAUUACUUGGUAAAUCACCGCUGGAGUCAAACCCUGAGCUUAUGAAAAUGUUGAAAUUGCUUAUGGCUCAUGGAGCAAGAGUUAACUGUUUCGAUGGCGAUGGAUACUCGCCUCUUUACUAUACUUGCGUUUUGGGUUAUGCCGACCUUUUUCGCUUUCUGAUCUCUUCUGGAGCGGAUAUCUCGACUACGCAAAAGAGAAAUGUUCCAGAACAGGUCAAAAAGCUGAGAGAAACCUUGGAGGAUGCAUCAUUUCAAAACAAAGAAGAGACAGUGAAUCUAUUGCAGGUUACACUGGACGCUCUGAUAUCGCCUCAGAACAUCGUCGACAUGACCUGGGUAGGAUGGCCUCCUGGAGUGAACUUCGAUAGGCCCCUGUGGGAAAUGGAUGUUGACCUUACAUGGGACGGUAUCAUACUAUAUCUUCUGCAACAAGGUCUCUUCUUUGAUAAAGGCGACUUGGGACUUGUUAUGCUCCUUCACAUCGCCUGUUAUCAAGGAUCACAGGACCUUGUCGAAAAGCUCUUGGACUACGGCAUCAAGGCCGACAUCCCUGGGCCAAGAAUAGUAGACGGGGGACAAGGCGAAGGGUCAACCUGCGGAACGGCUAUGCACGCUGCAGCUGCUGGCCGAAAAUUGGAAAUUAUCAAGACUCUCAUUGCUCGUGGUGAAAGUGCAGGUUUACGCCGGCUUUGCAUCUUCAACCGCCGUUCAGUCAAUGCAGAGGUGGCGCCUGUCGAGGUUGCGAUAGCCACCGGUCAAUACGAAGACGAUGAGAACCUUCAAGACUUCCUCGAGGCUUUUAUAGAUGAGGCGGAGGGUCUUGAAGAGUCUGACCUCAAAGCAGUAUUGAAUUGGUGUGUUACGUCUAACGCGCUCGGUUUUGCUCAACAACUCUUGCAGCGUGGUGUUAGACUGGAUGAGGUACCUCUUACAGUCAACGGAGUUGAAAUGGCACAGCUUCUCAUCGCACACGGUAUCAAGUUGGAUGCUGAAGCUUUGCAGAAGGCAGCGUUGAGGAAAAACCUCUUAGACUUACUCCGUUGGUGUGUUGAUGAGUAUGGUCCCCUGCUACCUCAAGACCAAGAAUCGUGGGGAAAGAUGGCAUUUCGGCUACUCGGAGGACAUUUAGCCCAUAUAAAGACGAUCAAGUACCUCAUCUCUGAAUACCCUGGCCCGCAUAUCGAUACAGUUUUCGUCUCACCAUCGAGAGAAUCGAGAAAGCCAGAAGGCGACGACAUAACCAUUGACGCGAGUUGGCUGUACCUGGCUAUUUUGAAAUGCAACACCGGAGCAAUUCGGCUACUUUUGGAUGCAGGGGCUGACCCAAACUGUCCUGGAUUACCCAUGGAUGCCGCGGCGGCUAUGAAACGAGUAGAUCAGCAUGGUCUCAGAAACAUCUCGGAACGCCUGGAAGUUAUCAAGAUGAUACAAGAAAGGCUUUCUGAGGAUGGAAAGUGGAAUGCGCCGUCACUCACUGAGACAAGAUCUCACACAGUUGAGGUUGUAGCUACAGAGAGGAAAGCCUGGGAUAAGAAAGUCAGACGUUUGGUGCAGACCAGACAGGAGGUUCCUGAAGCGACACCACAGGGAAGAGGGGCUUCUCCGCCUUCACCAGCUGUAGGCAUCGUCUCUACUACGGAUCUCUAUAAGCCGUUGGCCAGCAGCAGUUCCUUCCGGCUUCUUGAGCUCCUCCCCUCAAACAAGAGAUUAGAUCCUUUGGUUGGCCGCCUAGUUGACAGCGAUAUCACUUUCCAGCCAGAAUAUGAGGCUUUGUCUUAUGUAUGGGGCGACAUCAGUCCCGCCAAGUACAUCAGCCUUGAAGAAAAGGACAUAGCUAUAACCCCGAAUCUGCAUUCUGCACUGACUCACCUUCGCUCUACGGAUAGUGUCAGGACUAUUUGGGUCGAUGCACUUUGUAUCAACCAAGCAUUCCACGACGAACGAAACCAACAAGUUAGAAUUAUGGGCGAUAUCUACAAAUCGGCGAAACAAGUUAUUGUAUGGCUUGGAGAUGCCGCUGGUGAUUCCCAUCUCGUCUUUGAACACCUCAAGGACGAUGAAACCGAGGAUGCCGUCUCAAACUCCCCAGAACAGUCAGAAGCAAAGCGUAAAGCGUGGGAGGCACUUGUCAAGAGGCCUUGGUUCUUUCGCACGUGGGUGAUACAAGAGAUAGCUCUUGCUCGCAGAGCGGUAAUUAUGUGUGGAGAAGAUACCACGCUCUGGCGUAAUAUCGACGCGAGCUGGAAACCCGACUUUUCAGGCGGCGCAAAUGGUCUCUCGACGGUGCGCACCUAUCCUGGAAACCAACCAGACCAUCCAAUCUCGGGCUUCAAUCCGGAUAAGCAUGUUUGGAGACUAAGACUUCUGGAGGCUGAGAGUAAUCCCAUGAGUGUUCUGCUUUAUAGCCGUGUGUGCGGAACGACAGAGGUGAGGGACAAGAUUUAUGGAAUCCUGGGCUUGUUCAAACCAGGGUUUGUGGAAGUUGAUUAUAACCUGCCCGUGGAAAGCAUCUUUCAGCAGUUUGCGGAGGCAGUCAUUCAAUUGACUGGGGACCUGGAUAUCUUGAAGCAUGCUGGAGUGUCGCAAAAGUAUGAGAACCUCCCAUCGUGGGUGCCUGACUUUACCGAAACAUCAACAAGAAGCCUUCCUGGAUAUGAUUGGUAUGCUCCUUGGAGAGCAGAUGCUCCAAGCCAGUAUGAGAUACGUUUCGCCGAUGGGAAGAGUAUUAGCAUUUCCCGAGAGGACUUGGCCCGCAAGUAUCUUCCAGGACUAUCUUUCUCAGCGGAUAGAUCGUUGGUGAUAAAAGGCAAGAUGAUUGAUACCAUCCGUUCAGUGGGUGCUGAGCUUCCAAGCGGGAUAUCUCAUGCUCCUGGAACAGAAGCCUUUGGUCUCGUGAUGAAAGACUGGGAAACACUCGCCACGACACUGAUUCCUGAAUGGAAGUCAUCAGGUUCUUCAGUGUCUUCUGCUUUUGCUGCUACUAUCUCUGCAACCCGUGGAUAUCAGAUCUUCAGCGUUGACAUUGGUUUCACUCAGUGGUACCGUCACUGUGGGACAGGAAUACUCGAGGAAGCCGACCCCUCUAUGUUUCUCCGGGAUCAUGAAUUUUAUCUUUGGUGGUGUGAUGUCGGCAAGCCUGAUGACCCUGAUGAUGAAGAGUAUGAGGGACUUGGAUAUCAUAUUCGCCAAUUCUCUGAUGAGAUGAUGGCUGCUAGCUACGGCCGCUGUCUUUUCACCACGGAGAAUGGAUCUAUGGGCCUUGCGAGCUCUCGAUUGAAGGCUGGUGAUCGGAUUGUUUACUUUCCUGGCUCAUCUGAACCUUUUGCCUUGCGGAAGAGGAAGGAUGGGAAGGGGUGGACUUUGGUGGGUGAUUGCUAUCUGUAUGGGUUGGAUAUCGAUGAGCUUUUUCAUCAUCAGGAACAUCUUGGUGAGGAUUUUAAAAUUUAUUAG